ACCACACCAGCACAGAUUCACUGAGGUAUAAAAAGUCACUCUUCUAUGGUCUGCCUCUGUAUCUUAACUGAUGGCGACCGGGAAGCUUUCCUGCCCGUCUCACCUGCAGAUCAGAAAGGUUGUCCCCAUCUCUUUCACCAUGAUUGGCCUUUUUUUAGCCCUUCUCAUGGUCUCCCUCCAUGGAACAGCCCCUGUGGACAGCUCCUUUCCCUACAGCGUCCCCCUGGAUCCUCAAGGAUCGCUCCGUCUUUUUUGGAAUGUCAGCUACUCAGAAAAAGUGGUGUAUUUCCAGAUCCUUUUCAAGGAUCUGAAAUAUGGAAUUAUUUUUGGGAUGUCCGACCGGGGGGAGUUUGAAGGAGCCGAUAUGGCCGUUUUAUGGAGUGAUGGACUGAACUCCUUCUUUGGCGAUGCCUGGAGUGAUGCAGAGGGACAACUUCACAUUGACUCCCACCAAGACUACCAGCUGUUGUCAGCCCGACAGACACCAGAGGGUCUCUACCUUGUCUUCAAAAGACCGUUCAUAACAUGUGACACCAAAGAUUACCUCAUUGAGGAUGGAACAGUACACCUUAUUUACGCUCUGCUGGAUAAACCCUUUCAGUCGUUGUCAGCCAUCAAUAUCUCCACCCUCCACCAUGGGCUGCAGCGAGUGGAGCUGCUGAAACCAGAGAUCCGUACACCUCCUCUCCCUGAUGAUGUCCUGACCAUGGACGUUCUUGCUCCGGAUGUUGUCAUUCCAGAUAAGGAGACAACUUACUGGUGCUACAUCACGGAAUUACCGCAACACUUCCUCAAACAUCACAUUGUCAUGUAUGAGCCAGCAAUUACAAAAGGACAUGAGGCAAUUGUCCAUCACAUUGAGGUGUUCCAGUGUUCUGAAGACUAUGAAACUAUCCCCCACUACAGCGGGCCCUGCGAUUCCAAGAUGAAGCCAGAAAAGCUAAAUCACUGCAGGCAUGUCCUGGCUGCCUGGGCAAUGGGGGCAAAGCCAUUUUACUACCCACAAGAUGUUGGCUUAUCAUUUGGGGGAGCAAGGUCUUCAAGGUUCCUACGGCUUGAGGUUCAUUAUCACAAUCCUUUGGAGCUGAAAGGUCUGCAUGACUCAUCAGGCAUCCGUCUGCAUUAUACGCCAUCUUUACGAAAGUUUGAUGCUGGCAUAAUGGAGCUAGGUUUGGUGUAUACACCAGUGAUGGCCAUUCCUCCACGGCAAAAGUCAUUCCACCUCACUGGAUACUGUACGGAUAAAUGCACAGAGAUGGCACUUCCUCCAGAUGGAAUUCAAAUAUUUGCUUCUCAGCUCCACACACACCUAACUGGGCGAACAGUGACCACCGUAAAUGUCCGGGACGGCAAAGAAGUUGGGAUUGUCAAUAUAGAUAAACAUUUCAGUCCACAUUUUCAGGAAAUCAGGAUGCUAAAGAAGCCCGUCCAAGUCUUGCCAGGGGAUUUGCUAAUCACUAGUUGUUCUUACAACACAGAAGACAGAAGUCGGGUCACAGUGGGUGGAUUCAGUAUAACGGAUGAGAUGUGUGUGAAUUAUAUACAUUAUUACCCUCGCACCGAACUGGAAGUGUGCAAGAGUCACGUGGAUCUAGGAUAUCUGCGAAGAUAUUUCAAUUUGGUGAACAGGUUCAGCGGGGAGGAAGUCUGCACCUGCCCACAGGCAGCUGUCACUAUGCAGUUUAACGAAGUGCCCUGGAAUUCCUUUACCAGCGAAGUCCUUAACUCCCUGUAUGCUUACUCCCCCAUCUCUAUGCAUUGCAACAGAUCCUCCGCUGUCCGCUUUCCGGGCGACUGGGAGAGGCAGUCUUUGCCGAAGAUUACACAAACCCUGCCCACAGCAGAUACAACUUGUCCUACUCCUGAGGAGCCAGUUUCUCUGACACCAGUGUUAGUAAGCAUUAACAAGUAUAAUGGUUCUUGAGGACCAGCCAGACACUGCAAAUGUUCUGUAUCAUAGAAAUAUUUAACAACCAACAUACACCACACAACCAACACUACACCAUCACUCUUCUGUCACACCAUGUUCAUACAGUGAUUUGCUCCCUAGCAGGGCCAGAGCAAGUCUAAGGCUGCUUAGGCAGCCACCUUAGGGUGCCAGGAUUGGGAGUGCAGGGCCACUGAUUAAGCAGUACUGCUGGCCCCUCCUGUACUGGGCUCCAUCUGUUCAAAAGGGAGGCCUGGGCACCUGCCAAGCAGGAGGGCCGGCUGUACUUCCAUAUUGCUGACACUGGUGUUUUUUUGUCUCUCCCUGCAGUGCUUCUGGCUUCUCCUCCUCUCCCUCCCUCUGGCUGCGCUGCAGGGGUAUCAGUUCUAGUACUUGUGCUCCCACAGCUCUGAUCACCCCUGCCUACAGUCUGGCCCCCCUGUGUGCCCCCCGCAGCGCUGCUGGCUUCCCUUCUCUCCCGCCAGCAGCUGCUGCAGGCACACAGGGGGAUUGGCUUCAGGAUGGAUGUCAUAUUUACCAGCCCCUUGCUUUCUUGAAUGAACAGGGUGAGCGAUCGGUACCUAUCACUUCUUUGUCCAUGUGGAGGCGGGGUUGCAUUGUGGGCGGGGGGCCGCCCUGGUCCUGCUCCCCAGUAGCACUGACUGCUUGCAUAGAUAUAAAAUCAGCCUUUUUAAUCCAGUUACAGAGAAAACAGUUCUGAUUGGAAAAAGGAACAAUCAUAUAUUACACAAGCUCCGAUUGUUUUUUUUGGGUUACUGAAUUCUGUGCAUUACUGUUAUGCAAAUAGAAAAUGUGAUGUACUGACAGUUUUAAAUACUGCAGUUAUUGAAAUCUUUAACACAAUAAUUUAAAUUAAAGAUCCGCACGGAUGUCAAGCCAAGAUGGCAGAUUCACCACCCUCUGCCAAUUGCAAAUUAGCAGCUUUCCAAGUACAACCUUCCCUUUUCAUUUAAAUAUGCGAGUGCCAGUUUGCAUGAUCCAUAAAGAAUUUUAGCAUCCAAGUAUUGGGCAGAAUUUGUUACGAUUCUCUGAUGAUUUUAUAAAUUGGUAUUUACAUGCUAAGUGGUUGGAAAAUCAUAUCUGUCUGUCAUAACAUUUGCAGCAAAUCAGCUCACUCUUCUCUAACAGUAAAUGUGUAUACCUUGUAAUGUUUGGUUUUACAAUUUUAUUUGGAAAAAUAAAUAUAUUAAAGUGAUCUUAUAAUCCAUGUGUAACCUA